AUGGACUCCAGCAAUGGAAGCCCCAAGCAAUACACCUGGCCCACAAUACCCACACCAAAAAGAAGGCGUCAACUUCAAUGUCAAUAUUGUCCAAAUACAUAUCAGAAGAAAGAACAUCUUGUGCGACAUGAGAGGACACACACCGGGCAUCGCCCUUUCGUCUGCGCGCAGUGUGGCAGAACCUUCGCUCGACAUGACAGUUUGCUCCGGCAUGAACGCGUCCAUGCCCCCAAAAUUCGAGAUGCAUCUUCUCAGCAAAUGAAGUUCUCUGCCCUGGAAUCCCGGCAAAAUGCGCCACAAUCGACAGAUUUGAAUGAUGGCCUGAAUGCCAUGGCACAAGACGUCAAUGUGCAACAACCAGUCGAGAGAAAUCCCUCUGCUAACAAUCCGGACGUGGCGGCCGUCGGUUUCAAUGGUGCCCCAUACUUCAAUGAAACGGAAGAUUUCUUUCAAUAUCUUCUGUCGACACCGCCUGGCUGGCCGACAUCGUUGCCAACAGACGUUUCUACAGAUUCUCUGCCUGGUAAUAGGAACUCGGGCAAUUUUCGUGGUGGCAGCCAACCUUUGCAGAGUCUCGAUGACGGAAGCCCUCAAGCGGUGCAACAGGUCGGGGCCUUGAUCACCGACAUGUCUUCAAAUGUUACAAGAGAAAUAAAUGCCCGUGGCAUCACAUCAGACUUUCUGGAUGCCUGCUUACAUCAGUUUUUCACCCAUUUCAAUCCUACCUUUCCGAUUCUUCAUGAGGCGACAUUUGAUCUCAAGGAUUGUGGCCCGUUUCUCCUUCUCAACAUGGUAUCAAUUGGCUCUCUAUUCUUUGGUUCGAGCGAUGCGGUUGCCAAAGGCGAGUUCUUGUGGCGCCUUGCGCAGACUGCUGCAGCCACAUCUUGGGGUGAUGUGUUCGAAGGAAAGAUUGCAGCAUUCAGAUCUCAAGCAGCACAAAUUGUCACUACCGCACUACUAGGCCAGACUUAUGCCAUGCUAUCUCGAUCCGGACGAUUACGCACUCUUUGUCAAACACUACACGGUCUCGCCUUCUCUUGGGCUCGUCAGUUCGGCAUGUUCGACCUACCCGAUUUCGCUUUGCACGAACUACCUGACGAUUCAGCCGGUGACGAGGAGAAACAUGAAAAGUGGAAAGACUGGGUGGCUAGAGAGAUCCAAAGGAGAACUGUCCUUGGCCUCUACAUCAUUGACUCUCAGCUGGCGAGAUACGCUGGAGCGGGCCCCGUGGGCAAACAUGUCACCAACCCGCUGAAAUUUGCGAGUAAAGAUACAGUCUUUCAAGCCCGAACCGUCGAGGAUUGGAUUGACGAAAUGAGACAAGUUCGAGAAACUCCCUAUACCUUCAGAGAAGUGUUUCUAUCUAUUUUCCAUCCAAAUUCUUUCCCCAUCCCGUGCGACUCACCGCUCUCGGUUCUUGUGAUCCUCGAGGGCUUUCAGGCCAUUCUUUCCGAGCACGGAGACGCGAAUGGCUCAGCUUUGGGAAUUCCACCGAUUUCUCAAAUCCGCGAUGCGGCUCUACGCCUACGAAGAACAUAUUUAACGCCGAUCACCGUGAUGGCGGAAACCAAGGAACUCUUGUUACGAUGGCAUACGUUCUGCCUUGAUUUGGCUACGGAUACUGUGAUCCUGUGUCAACGACUUUGCAUGAAUUUUGGCAUGAGCCAAAAUCUCUUUGCGGCGGGACGUCGCUCACCCGAUCCGAUCGAUUUGAAUAACUGGGCAAAUACUCCAGAAGCUCGAAGAGCUCUACUCCAUGCGGUGGCUAUUCAAGAUCUCGCUGAGCUAAUGACACUUGGUCGUGCAUAUCCUCCACAUCUGCCCGCAUCAGUUUUUGCUGCAGCCACUAUCUUUUUUGCGUACUCGAAAUAUGGCCAGACGACAGUCACGACACCCGAACGUCCCGACUGGGACGCAGCUUGGGGUCAAGGUACAAGUCAGCAUCAUUCAACCAACGACUACGGUCGCAAAAGCCCGGAAAAUUCCGACAGCUACCGAUUUGUCACGGGGGACUACCUCAAUGGUGCAGGAACCAAAACGCGCAAUCUUCGAUAUUCACUUCUCACUCUUCAAAUGAUUCUACAAAUGAUUUCUUCGCAAUGGGGGAUCUCCAGUGAUAUGCUUGCCAUUCUAUCCACUUGGAUUAGUGGCUUGACAUGA